AUGUCCGCUGGAGGUGCUAAAGGGCCGCCCGGGCGGAGAGAUAGUCAGUCGUCUCGUCCGCGCACGAAUACCGAGUCAACACAGCAGCCCCAAUCUCCAUCGAACGUGUCAGUGCAACAACAAUGGGCCAAUAUGUUUCAAAACUUUCCUAUUGGUGCGGUAUACCAAUGCAAGACUCCGUGGAAUUUCUCUUUCCCAUCCGCUCCAAAGUUCACACUUGAGCGUGGCGUGAAAGGGAAAGUACUGGGCAGAAGAAAGAUGCUUCCCGAUGCUCAGAACCCAAAUCCGCCUUUUAUGCUUCAGAUCGAACUCCAAACCGCCCACGGCAUUCUUGCAGGGGACAUUCCCGAGGAUAAAGUCGCAGUAUGGCCAGAAGGUUUUCCGUUUGUUUGCAAUGUCGACCAUCCAGCAAACGGGCCAGGGUUAUUGGCACUCCAGAAAGGCGAUCAAGGACAAGUUCUCCGACUUCAUUGGGGCAACGAUGAUAAUGGCAAUUCUCUCCAGGGACAACCAAACGUUGUUCCUUGGUUUCAUGUUUCCUGCAAGGGAAUUCAAGGUUAUGUCAACUUCUGGGCUUUGCAGAUCGGCCGCGUCAAUGCUAUUGGGAUCGUGACCAUUGUUCCCGAUCUACCAGCCUCAGUUCCUGCUCCCUUCUCAGACUCAGAUCUCCCGAGCGGGGCCAAAGAAGGAGUGUUCUUCAAGACUCUUACAGGGCUGAUCCUAGCUUUGAAAGAUGCGCCCGAAUCGAUAGUGGUGCCAUACUGGGUCACCAAUCGCCUGAGCAACAGCGAGGAUGUCUCUAAAUUAGCGAUCACCAUUUUUCAAGGUGUGAAACGAGCUGGAUUUGGCAGUUGGCUAGAUGGCACGUAUACCUUGGAGCAUCUCGUCCGCAACGCUACCACCGUGCAAAACAGCAAAUACACUCGCGGCAUCUAUGGCAUUGGGUACGCAGAUUUUGAGCGAAGCUUCGAGGGAGACGAUCCAAAAUUGUAUAUCGGAAAAUCGAUCAGAAUGCAAACGCGAAUGACUGAUCAUGCGAGUAUGUGCACAAAGGUGUGGAGCUAUCAUUACCAAGCCCGCAACCGAGCGAAUAAAAAAAGAGAGGUUGUAUUGUGCGCUCUUGAAGAUGAUGAUAACGACCUUCUAAGUUUGGCGGAGCAGAUCUUCACGACCAUGUUCAAUUCAUAUCACCAUACAUUGGUCGACUUCAACGCGGAGCUGGCAGUAGAUCCAGACGAGGCCAAUAUGAUGAGGAACUAUGCUCACAAGGAACAGGCAUCACUAAUUUCGAUGAUGGCCAGGUCUGUGUUCAAGAAGACAGGUUGGACCAACUACGUCGGAAGCGAGACAUUCAAGGCCUCCGAUGGUCUCAAUAGGACAGUGCCUAUGAACGAAGAACUUGCCGGCCAACGCGAAAAGGCAAUCUUCACAAAGUCAACCUUGCCAGGUCACGUCAGUGUCUAUCGACGUGCACCUUACAAUGCUUUCCUAAGUACUUCGACCAAUCAGAAACAGAUUGUUCUGUAUAAUUGGGCUGCAAGUACAUUAUCAGGUCCUGGGGGCAAAUUCAACAUUGCAAUCACACCCGAGGUUGCCAGAAACAAAUUCUUGGCCCAGAUUCAACCUGGAACGAUGAUCUACCCUUCAUUCGAGAUUUCCGAGGCCGGGCCUCAUCCAAUGGGAUGGGCACGACUGCCUGAACUGGGCCCCAUCUCAAAUUGGAAUGAUGCGAGACGUUUGGCAUUUUGUGUCGAAUUCCAGCUUCCCGACCAAAAAUGGACAAAAGUCUACAUACAAGCCGGGAAAGUUUUCGACUUCGCUCCGGGCAGUGGCUCGGGUGGAAUCGAUGCUUCCGACCGCAAGACGCCCUCGGAUCUUGUUCAAGGAGAAGAUAAGUUGACGGGAGCGUUGCUGAAUUAUGUACAAGCUGUUGCGAUCAUUCGUGCUCUUGAACAGCAACGCGUCCCGAAUGACUACAGUUGGAUGAUCAACUUCGGGAUCGCUAGGGUUAAGGAGGUUACUUACAGCUUCCUCGAUCAGGAGGUCAAGAUCAAGCCGAAAGCUGCAACUAACGCGCCGGUCCAGAAAGCGACAGCGAGGUCUAUGUUAUCGAUGAUUACGCAGCUCAUCAGUGCCGGUGCACAUCUUCCGAACACUUUUGCCGGCCAAGUAGCUGCUGGGAGCAGAGGAGCACCGCGAAAGAGAUGCGAUAGUUGCUUCACAUCCGUUGGCAUUGCAGCCCACGCGGCUUCAGUAUGGAAGUGCGUACGACAUUCAAACAACGGAUGUACGAAUUGCUUCCAAAGAGGCAUUCCUUGCUCGUGGACAAAGAUGUCAGAAGCCCCAGCCUUGUGGCAAGUUCUUGGACCAGCCCCACCGAACAAGGACAACGUGAUUCAGGAUGGAGCCCCAGAGUUGAUGAACAUCUACUAUGGCAGAGGGUGA